AUGGCAUCGCAUCCAGCGUCGCUUCGGGACCGUCAGGUCGCAUCGAUCGAAAAGAUACUUAACUUGAAUCAUGACACCCAUCAUGGCGCGGAUACGUCGCACGAAUCGUCCACCAAUGGACUUAUUUCACAGUCAACUCCUAUCUUGAAUGAAGAUGGCGACCCCAUAUGGAAGGUCCUGGUAUUCGACAACAUGGGCCGAGAUGUGAUUAGUAGUGUUUUGCGGGUUAAUGACUUGCGCGCAUGGGGUGUAACGAUUCAUUUGAACAUCAACUCUCCUCGAUACCCAAUUCCAGAUGUUCCUGUGGUCUACCUAGUCGAACCGACCCCCGUCAAUAUCCAACUUAUUACUUCAGACCUCUCCCGGGGCCUUUACUCUCCGGCCUACGUAAAUUUCUUGUCUUCCAUUCCCCGGCCGCUCCUUGAAGAUUUCGCGUCGCAGAUUGCAUCGACGGGGACGGCAGAAUAUGUCGCACAAGUAUACGAUCAAUAUUUGAACUUUGUUGUGGCAGAACCCGACCUCUUCAGUCUGGGAAUGGGAAGGGAUGUCUACUGGAAGAUCAACAGUUCAGAAACAACCGAUGAGGAUCUGGAUGCCACGGUGGACAAGAUAGUGAGCGGGCUAUUCAGCGUCAGCGUUACCAUGGGGAGCAUUCCAAUUAUACGGUGUCCCAAGGGCGGUCCAGCUGAGUUGAUUGCAACCAAGCUUGACCGAAAACUACGCGAUCAUAUUCUUAAUUCCAAGGACAACCUGUUCUCUGGUAGCAAGAAGAGUGCUGCUGGGGUCCCUUCCUCCAGGCCUGUCCUGAUAAUCGUCGACCGCAGUGUUGACCUUGUCCCUAUGCUUUCACACUCAUGGACAUACCAGUCUCUUGUUCAGGACGUCCUCGAAAUGCGGCUAAACCGCAUUACAGUGGAGACACCCGUGGACGAGUCCAACCCAGCGAAAGGAACCACUAAACGGUCCUAUGACUUGAACUCAACUGACUUUUUCUGGAAAAACAAUGCUGGCGUCCCAUUCCCGCAGGUAGCGGAAAAUAUCGACACAGAGCUGACUCGGUACAAGGAGGACGCCAACGAGAUCACGAGAAAAACUGGCGCUUCAUCCAUUGAAGAUCUUCAGAAUGAUACCAGUGCCUCCGCGCAGCAAUUGAAGGCCGCUAUCACGCUUCUUCCAGAGCUGCGCCAACGCAAGGCGACAUUGGAUAUGCAUAUGAACAUCGCUACCGCUCUGCUGAAAGGUAUCAAGGACCGCCAGCUUGACAACUUCUUCCAGCUCGAAGAGAAUAUCGGGAAGCAGACCAAAGCACAGAUUUUGGAACUCAUCAACGAUCCGAACAAGGGUAGUGAUCCCACAGAUAAACUCCGCCUCUUCAUUAUCUGGUUCCUCAGUACUGAGAGUGAUCUCUCUCGAAAUGAGAUGACCCAGUUCGAGGAAGCACUUACGCGGGCUGGUGUCCGCGAUACUAGCUCCAUCAAGUACGUGAGACGUGUUCGCGAAAUCACCCGUAUGACGAUGAUGACGAGCGCUGCGACUGGUGCACCCCAGCAGCAAUCGUCGGACCUUUUCCGCGGGUUCUCCUCACUAUCCAACCGUCUGACGGACCGGAUCACUUCUGGUGCCCUGGGGGCCAACUUCGACUCCCUUAUUUCGGGGGUGAAGAACUUCCUACCUGCAAACAAGGAUCUUACGCUCACCAAGAUCACCGAGUCUAUAAUGGAUCCUGCCUCGGCCUCGAGCUCUGCCAUUGCGAAGACAGAGGAUUACCUUUACUUCGAUCCACGGAGUUCUAACGCGCGCGGUGCUAUGCCACCCACCGCGUCCCGCUCUCCCGGCGGCGGACCGCAGGGAGGCGUUGGACCCGGAACGAGCGCGACGUUUGGUCAACGGCGACAAGGCUUCAACGAGGCCAUUGUCUUCACGGUUGGCGGUGGUAGCAUGGACGAGUACGGUAACUUGCAAGAUUGGGUGCAGCGGACGAGCGGUCAGGCUGGCGGUGCGGGAGGUGCGGGAGGCCCUGGAGCUGGAUCUUCCGGUCUGCACGGGCGCCGGAGGGUGGUGUAUGGAAGUACGGAGUUGAUGAACGCCAAUGACUUCUUGAACGAAGCGCUAGGCAAGCUAGGCCAGGAGAGCUGA